GAUUCUGUUGGUGCCAGUGUGGCACUAAAAGUUACUCCGUCUAUAUUCCAAAGUAUUCACGUGUCAAAGCGCACACGUCGAUGUAAGGGAUAGAGUGUAGUGUAUACACUUGUUUAUAGCACAAGAACGUCAUAUUCUAAUACACGUACAGUGACUAAAAUAGUGUUUAAAUUAUUUAUUAAUUUAUUUCAAAUCUUAUUGAAGUACUUUUGGCAAAUAAAAAACAAUAAAGAUGGCACCAAAACAAAGAAUGCGUAUCGCUAACGAAAGGGCUACAAAAAAUAUUACACUUCGUGGAAAUGUUCCAAAGUCAUCAAAGCCACAAGAUGAAGGAUCUCCUGUUGGACCUUGUUUAUUAGCACUUUUUCUCUUUGUUGUAUGUGGUUCUGCUGUAUUUCAAAUAAUUCAAAGUAUUAGAAUGGGUUAAAAAAACUAAAAAUAUGAAGAUAAAAAGAUAUUGCUAUUGCAGUUUAUAUUAAAAAAAUUGUCUACAUCUUAUUGGUAUACAAGUGAAAACAACAAACUGUCUUUUUGCAUAUUGUA